GAUAAUGGGAACAACAAUUGUUUGAACACCACGGCGAAGUAUAAUGUGCCUUUCAACGGGAUCGAUUACCGUAAUUCUACGCCCACCGGCAGGGCUAGCAAUGGCUUGAUUUUGCCUGACUAUGUUGCGAGGAGGCUGAAUCGCACCGAAAGCCCUCGGCCGAUCAUCUGCCUUAUCCGAAGCUCCGACGAAUACAAACGGGCUAUACUGACCGAGGGCGGCACUUUGGCUUCGGCAAGCUCCGGAAUUUUUGACACAACCGGCCGCCCGCGGUUUGGCGAAGUGAAGUUCUUCGGGGAGGUGUACGAGGACUUGAUUGAUUUACAGGGCCGACAAGCCGCCGCCAGUUUGAUACGCCGCUCCCUCUUUAUAGUGUCCACCGGAAGCUCUGACAUCGCCGACCAACGGGAUCGGCCACCAAUCUCCGACAGCUUCUUUACCGCCUCUGUGACAGCCCAAUAUGUUGGUCUGCUACGGAGUCUAUAUGCAUAUGAAGCAAGGAAGUUUGCCAUUGUGGCACCUCUGCUGAUUGGAUGCAACCCAUCUUCCCGUGCCGAGAACGCAACCGGUGGUGGCGGGUGCAACCAGAGAGGAACUUCGUUGACGCUCGACUUCGUGGAGAGCCUCGCCACAGCGCUGAGAAGGCUGCGUCUGUUGUAUCCCGAUUUCCAGUACUCCAUCUGUAUAAGGGAAAGGGAGGUGAGAGAUGCGUGCUGUGGGAACGGAACCAUGCCCUGCCGGCCAACUUCAACCCUGUGCGGCAACCGCGAGCAGUAUCUGUAUUGGAACCAGUACCAGCUCACUCAGGAGGGCUCCAGGAUCCUUACCGCAGCUUGUUUCAGCAACAACCUCCGAUACGCCGCUCCUAUCAACUUCUACCAGCUUGCUCGUACUACUACCUGA